AUGACCUACACACAGUGGUUGCUCCCAUGGGCUGUUACUGUACUUCUUACUGGAGAUCAAACACAGGAAGUUCAGGUGCAUUCCUCCGGUUAUAGAACCAGAGGAGACACGAGAAUCAGCAGCCGAGCUGAAACAACCUUGUACACAACGUAUAGUGCUCCACAGUGCCAACAAUGCGCUUGUGGAAUAUCCAACUUGAACAUCAGUCGCAGGCUCAACACUCGCAUCAUCGGAGGUGAGACGACACCGCAGAAUGCAUACCCAUGGAUGGUUCUAAUCACAGGCAACAACUCUCCAGCUUGUGGCGGCACACUCAUUACUGACCAGUACGUCCUCACCGCUGCUCACUGCAGACGAUAUCAUCAAGAGGAGCUCAAAGUAAUACUUGGAGAACAUAACCACUGUGAGGCAGACAACAAAGUUUCUAUUUUUUCAGUCGAGAAGAUAGUAACACACCCUCAGUUCAACAUCACCGUCUACGCAUAUGACAUAAUGCUCUUGAAGCUUAACAUGAGGAUUAAUUUUAACGAAGUAGUAAGACCCAUCUGUCUCCCACAAUUGGCUUUUAUGAUGUUAAUUGGCACGGGAAUGGGAGUCACAAUAGGCGCUCACCGUUUCUUCACUCAUCAGUCCUUCAAAGCGAAUUUUCCAUUCCGGUGUGUGAUGGCAGCAAUGUUCACCAUGUCAGGAGAGAACUCCAUCUGCACAUGGGUGCGUGAUCACCGCCAACACCACAAAUACACGGACACAGAUGCCGAUCCCCAUAAUUCUACACGAGGAUUCUUCUUCUCCCACUGCGGCUGGCUUAUGGUGCGCAAACACCCGGAGGUUAUCGAAAAAGGAAAAACUAUCGACAUCUCUGAUCUCAUGGCAGAUCCAGUUGUAAGGUUCCAGGAGAAGAAGAUUAAAGCUGUGGAGAAUCUCCUUGUAUCGCUUCUAACAGGAGGAGAAGGUUGGCACAACUUCCACCAUAUAUUUCCGUCAGAUUAUCGUGCAGCAGAAUAUGGAAAAGCUUACGAUUUAAGCACCAUAUUAUUAGACUCAAUGGAGAAGUUAGGCUUGGUGUAUGAUCUCAGACUGACACCCCAGCACUUGGUGAACAAGUGGGCUAAGAAUUUCGGUGAUGAAAACUGUCAGUUGGGUUUUCCUUUUACGAUGGAGAAGGGAACAGUCCUACUGUGGAUUGUUCUUCAUCUGACAGCAAUACGAGCAGACGCAGACUGCGGUAUACAGCUCGUCCCAGAGGGUCGGAUUGUGGGAGGAGAAGAUGCGGAUGGGGAUAUAUUACCGUGGUAUGCACUCAUGCAUCACCCAGAAGAUAAAACAACGCCAAUAUGCUCAGGAACACUUAUCGAUAGCCAUCACGUCAUCACGGCUGCGCACUGCUUUACCCUUAUAGAAGGGGACAACAAUACGGCCAAGUUUGGUGUGACACUAGGAAUACACAACAGAUGUGUGAAAGAGUCCACCCACAGGACCUUCACAGUGACUAAUGUCGUUCUCAACCCUAACUAUACAUCGCCGUUUGGCAACUAUGACAUGGCUAUUAUGACGUUAAACCAGACUACAAACUACACGCCUAUCUGUCUUCCCGGAAAAGUCGAAAUGAAUCUAACGAAUCGAGUCGGAGAAAUACUUGGGUUUGGCGAGACAACUGAAGGCAACACUAAAUUGCCUUGCACUUUACAGAGGGCCUACAUUCAGAUCUUCACAAGUAAAGAGUGCAACGAGUCAGAACUUCCAUCACACACAUCCAACCCACGGGUUCUUUGUGCUGGCGUCAUUGGUGGAGGCGUCGACAGUUGCCAGGGGGACAGCGGUGGUCCACUCCAAGUAGUAGACAACGGAGCCUUCGUACUGGCAGGAAUUGUUUCAUAUGGAUUUGGUUGCGGGAAAAUGGGCUAUCCCGGCCUCUACACAAACGUUUAUUUCUCCCUGGACUGGAUUAAAGAAAACAUAUGACACGAUGAUCAGAAGACCUGGGCUAAAAAAAAUGUACUUAAAGAAUCUGAAAGGAACACAGUUUUAUAGAGCAUUAAUAUAAUUGACCAUCUCUCGUUUCUUAAGAAUACAUAAGAUAAAUUCAGUAUUAAAAAUAAUAAACUUCUGUUUCACUACUGUUAAUUAAAAUACCUAAGCUUUAAAAUGCAAAUGAAUAUUUAUUAUAGCCUAUAGCAUAUUGUACUGAAAGAACCCACUCCAAAGCGUUUCAUUUAAACUCAAAAUUAACUGAUGGGUACUUUUGUAUACAAUAAGCAAAUCCACUAGUAAAUCUAAAAUCUUUGUAGUUGUAACCCCCAUUGAAGCAUCUCCGGACCUGGCUGCUGAGCGUGGAAAUGUUACCACACAUUCAGAAUCAUAAACGUAUCAACUAAAGCACUUCUACUACACGUACAACUACAAAGCUAUAACCAAGCAUUUGUCAAAAUUAAUGUUUCCUGAAGUUCCAUCUUAAUCACUUUUAACGCUAAUAUGAAACUGUAUUCACAGGAUCGCUCAGAGGUAGCUAGCACCCCCAUCCUAGGCGACACUAAGAUGACCCUGAGUGAACAAUGUAGUAACACUUCAUAUGGAUCAUACAGUCGCAGUACUUGGCGGUCCUCCAAGCAUGAUAUAUUAUUACAGGCCAUCAUAUGAAUCAUCUUUUGGCCGGUGACUGCAGGCAUGAAUACUGGGGGCCUAGGCAUUGCUAGUCUCAUGCAAUAUUGCUUCAAUUCCUAACUCAUACAGCAUUAGAUGGCAAGAUGGUUUGUAAAUGACGAUUGUUAAGGACGAAGUAAGAGCUAAUGUCCUAAGAGGCCUAUACUCUUAAGUAUUUCCCACCACUUGCCUCAAGGAACUAGGGAAACCCAUGAAGAAACUCAGUCGGUACAGCUGGUCACCAGGACUAUAUUUAAGACCAGGUGCUCCGCAAUAUGAAGCAGGAUUGUUAUCCAAUUCACUGCAGUGUUUGGUCAAGAUGUUUUCAAAGUAAAAGUCGUAUAUCUUAAUGAUAGCUUUAUUUCAUUUGAUGCCCUAAUUUCUUGUACAAUGUGUAACAAAAUUCAAACUGGGUUUCAUGGAAACUGAGGAUUACAAAUGAUGGAUAUGAAUUAAAAUUAAGUUCUCCCUUCUUUUAGUGAGCAUCCAAUUAACAAUUUAUAU